AUGUCUCAGGACGAGUUCACCGACUGGUACUUCCGUGUCACCAAGAGCGACCACCUGACCGAGCUCAAGGCCAAGAUGAAGAGAAUGUGUGACAAGUCAGGCAUCAAGAAGCGCCAUUUCCACCACACCGAGGAGACGAUCGGCGGGCACCCGGAGUUCCUGGACCGCGCGGCUCCGUCGCUCGGCGCGCGGCUGCGCAUCUCCGCGGACGCCGUGCCCGAGCUCGCCGCCGCGGCGGCGGGGCGGGCGAUCGUGGAGUGGGGCCGGCAGGCUGCCGACGUCACGCACCUCGUCGUCGCCACCAACUCCGGCGCCGACGAGCCGGGCGCCGACCUCCGCCUGGCACUUCUCCUGGGCCUCCGCCCGGCCGUGCGCCGCACCUUGCUGUACCUCCACGGGUGCUCGGCGAGCUUCGUCGCGAUGCGGCUCGCCAAGGACAUCGCCGAGAACAACCGCGGCGCGCGCGUGCUCGUGGCCUGCGCCCACGCCGCCGUCCUCCCCUUCGGCGCCCCCGACGAGGCCCAGCUCGACGCCCUUGUCGCCACGGCCCUCUUCAGCGACGGCGCCGGCGCGGCCAUCGUCGGCGCCGGCCCGACAGACCCCGUCGAGCGCCCCAUCUUCCGCAUCGUGUCGUCCGCGCAGGCGACGCUGCCGGGGACGGAGCAUGCCGUGGGGAUCGAUCUCGGCGAGGGUGGCGUCCGGUACCGCAUGGCCGCUGAGGUGCCGGAGCUUGUCCGCGGCAACAUAGAGCGGUGCCUGGUGGGCCCGGCGGCGGCGAGUGGCGGCGGCAGCUGGAACGGCCUUUUCUGGGCGGUAAACCCUGGCAGCCGCCCGCUGCUGGACAGCUACGAGGCCGCCCUGGGUCUGGAGGCCGGGAAGCUCGCGGCCAGCCGGCGCGUGCUGAGCGAGCACGGCAACAUGUUGGCCGCGACCAUCAUCUUCGUCCUCGACGAGAUGCGGCGGCGCCGCCAAGAUGGCGAGAAGGAAGAAGGGGAGGGCUCGCAAUGGGGGAUCAUGUCGGGGCUCGGGCCAGGGCUCACAAUCGAGACAAUAGAUUUGCAUGCCUGCACUAGCUAGCAAGGAUACGCAACCAAGCAAGAGUGACAACGGGAGAUCGAUCUCCAUAUUCUCCAACACCUAUGAGGGAAGAUUAUGUGUAAUUCCAAAAUUAGGCGCAAUAAGUGUAUGAUAGAAAUUAUAUUCCAGUGAUCCAUCGAUGAACCAUUUCCCCAUGGACAUAUAAGCAUCUUCGAUAACAAAACGAUUCUACUACCUCCGUCACUAGGGAUGAAAACGGGACGGGAAAAUCCCGUCCCGACCGGUAUCGUAUCUCAUAUAAACCAUCUGUAUACCUUUUUGGCAGGAAAAAACGAGAACAUGAAAAAAACGGGAAAAACAGAGGCAACGGGAACGGAAACAGGAGCUUUUUCCCGACCGUUUUCACGGUUCCCGUAUUCUAUACGGGAAUUCCCAGCGGUUUUCCCGUUUUGAGGCCCAGUCCAGAGUCACCCUCGCCCCUCAAUCUCUUUUCCUGGCCCAUCGCACUCCCUCUCGGCCCAAGCCCAUCCGCCUCCAAUAAAACUCAGCCUAGCUCCCAUAGUCCCGCUCCCAGUGCGAGACCUCAUCCGCCGCCGUCCGCCCAGGCCGCCGCCCGCCCGUCUGGCGUAGCCGCGCAGCACGCAGGCUCAGGCUCCCUACUCCGCUCCCAGUCCCCCGCCGGGCAGCACGCCAGUCUGCCGCCGCUGCUGCGUGCCCCGCCGCGCGCACGGGUAGCGCCGCCCUGCGCCUUACGCGAUUGCGCCGCCCUGCCCCGCCGCCGCCCGGGCGCAGCCAGCAGCCGCAGCGGGAGUAGCGCCGCCCUGCGCCUGCGCCUGCGCCAGUCCUGGGAUUCGUCGGGAGGAAGCAUGGAGGAGGCAGCGGCACCUGUGUCAUUUCAUUAUGUGGGUGUGUGCUUUGGUGGCUGUGUCGUUGCCUAUCUGUUGGAGACUGAAUGCUGCAAUCAUGUUUGUCUAUCAAAUUAUCUCAUGGAUGUGGCACCUGUAUAUUGUUUGCAUGUGACUGAUGAAUGGUUGUAACUAGUGCGCUGAGUUAAAUGUUUCAAGUGGUUAUAUGUAUUGUGUUUCCGAUUUGAGUUACCGAUUCCCAAUCGUAAUCGACAUGUUCCCGACCGAUA